ACAUUAUUCGUUAAUGACUUUCUUCGGUAGCAUUCUGUCUUGUAAAUGUGCACUUGAUUAAUGAGUGCAUAACGAGGUAAAUGUCUUUUGUGUCGGCAGAGAUAACGGAGCCUUAGCGCCUGUGAUUGUUAAAUGGGUAAGUUCGGUAAGCAUUAUUUUAAUCGUGAUUGCAUUUCAAAUUUCUAAUAUGAUGCAGAGAUUAAGGUUUCAAAGUUAUAAUACAAAUAAUAUCCCUGGGUUGUGGUCACAAAGAGUUGUUUUGGACGUUUUAAAGAAUGAUUCUCCGCCCACUGGUGCUCUUGGUAGUCUCCGGAGUUGGGUUUUUUUAAAUAUAAAAGCAAAAAUCACACAAUAGCAAACAUAGUCGGCCAUCUGAGACCAAUAUAUUAUUUCAGUUCUUCGAGGUGGUGCAAGUGAAAAAAUGAUCACCUUUAGAAUACUCAAGCUGCCUAAGAAGAAGCACGUGGCUAGAACUUCUUCCAAAAAAAAAAAAGAGAAUCUAAAUCCCCGCGUUGGUUUGCUUUGGCGUUAUAGCAGGUGAUCACAUCACGCGCCCCCGCUGAUGUCCUUUUUUGGGGGGUCACCACAGCAUGAGAAACCGUAUGAAAGUGACAACGGGCGAGGGUUCAGGAGGUGUACUUUUACUAUGUACCGAAAGUUGAACGAGUUUCUGUAGACUUGUAUAGACGUGUCAGAAUCAGUGGGGCGAUGAGCAUUCCCGCGGUCAACGGUUGAAAUGGCACGCGAAACGGUUGCAACAUAUAGACAAGCUCAAGAGUGUCAAACUUUCAGGCCUAGGAAGCCAUAACAAAAAACAGCAUAGUCUGUGAUCCGGUCCUUUUUUUUUUUAAAAAAAAAAGCCCCAUAAUAUUAAAAUAAUUAAUGCUUGUAUUUGUAUUAUACGAUUUUUGUAUAUAAUCUUAUCUCCACAGUGACCAAGUAUUUCCAAGGAGAGCUUACCAUUAUGUCCGGCCAACUAAAAACCCACCGGUCAGUUACUGCCCAAGUUGUGUUGUACAUCUUUCUCACGCUUGGCCCGACGUUAACUGUUUCGGAAAAUGGCGUGUAUGAGAAGAAGAUCUACGGCAACUGGCAAGUCCGACAGGUAUACGGUAUAGAUAGAGAAAGACUGAUAAAUGUAGACUAACAUGUACGGUAUAGUAGAUGGAAUAAGACUGAUAGAUAUAGACUAACUUAGACGAUAUAGAUAUAUAGAAUAAGACUGAUGGCUAGAAACCAACAUGGACGGUAUAGAAUCUAUACAACAGAUAGAUAUAAUAAAACAGAUAUGCACACUAUAAUAGCACGGGCAGUAUAGAUCAAAUAAGACUCACAGAUACAAUCUAUCAUUUGUGACAUGGACAUAUUUUGAACAAAGACGUAUAAAUAUAGACUAACACGAAGAGUGUAGAUGCAUAAGACAAGACUGAUAGAUAUAGACUAAAUCGGGCAGUAUAGAUAGUUAUAUAUACAUGUCUUUAUUUAUAUAUAUAAAGAUAUAGGACUACUCCUCUCUUAUCAAUAUAUAUAUAUAUAUAUAUAUAUAUAUAUAUAUAUAUGGGACUGCUCCUAUCUUUAUCAAACAGAACCAGCGGUACUGCAGGAAAGUGUUGUACUGUAAGUUCCGUAAUAAGACAAGACUGAUAGAUAUAGACUAAAUCGGGCAUUAUAGAUAGUUAUAUAUACAUGUCUUUAUUUAUAUAUAUAAAGAUAUAGGACUACUCCUCUCUUAUCAAUAUAUAUAUAUAUAUAUAUAUAUAUAUAUAUGGGACUGCUCCUAUCUUUAUCAAACAGAACCAGCGGUACUGCAGGAAAGUGUUGUACUGUAAGUUCCGUGAGGCCAACUGUACACAGGUGACAACAGCCAACACAUGGACGUGUAACAGAAUCAACGCGGAGAUUGCUGAGAAAGGAUGCGUCAUGAGAAGUAAUAUAUAAUUACACAAUGUAGUUACACAUUUACACCAUUACACCUUACACAAUGUAACGUUAACAGCCCCCUACCUUCCGAACAUCACGUGCGGCAAACGUCUUUGUUCAGCUCUUUCCACUUACCCCCCCUCCCUAAAUCUUUCUCUUCUCAUUCAUAUACCUUAUACUACUCUCAUUUUCUCUGUAGCUAUUUCUCUCCCUGUCUCCUUCUCUCUCUCUUUCUCUCUCAUGGCUCUUACUCUCAUUUCGCAUAACUAGCUUUCACUUACACUCCUUCAUUUCAGUCUUUUUCAAUAAAUAAUUUAGUAAUCUCCCUUAAUCUUUCUCUCUCUCUUUCUCUCUCUAUUUGUCUCUCUCUCUCUCUCUCUCUCUCGUUCACUCUCUCUUUCACUAUAUCUUUCACCCUCUCUUUCACUCUUUCUCUCUCUCUCUCUUUCUCUUUUUUUGAUUCAUAAUUCUCGAAUCUUGCAUAUAGCUUUAAAUAAUCCUUAAACCAAUGAACCAUAUAAAACCCAAUAUCUGGUAUUUUAAAGAGACCUUUUCUUUGGCGUACACACAGGACCAUCAUUUGGGACUUGCGUUAACUGUCAUUGAGUUAAACUCUUUCAAUGUGCAUUACUGUGACAGACCAAUCUAGAGAUAAACGCUUGGAACGAGAGAAAAAAAUUAAACAAGGACACAUCUACACGGAUACAUCUACAAAGGCACAUCUACAAGGACACAUUUACAAGGAAACGUCUACACGGGCAAAUUUACAAGGACACAUCUACACUACACGGACACAUUUACAAGGACACAUCUACACUCACACAUCUACAAGGACACAUUUACAAGGAAACGUCUUCACGGCCACAUCUACAAGGACACAUCUACAUUCACACAUCUACACGGAAACAUCCACAAGGACACAUCUACAGGCACACAUCUACAGGGACACAUCUACACGGAAAAAUUUACAAGGACACGUCUACCUUAUACAAAUAACAGUCAGAAAGAAAUGAAAGGUAUCAGGCUGUCUAACCAUAAGAUCUUUUUCUCUUUUCCUUUUCGCUUAUUCCCAGUUUGUAAAACGGAUCUAAAGAUGGUGUGUUCUGCCGCGUCCCCUGGACUUGAGUACCAAGUGGUGAGUAGGUUGAAGUAGUCUCUAAAGGAAAAUAGUGCAAGCCUUAUAGGGUUUAAACGGAUACUUAAAAGAAUUAUUUUUUUAAAAAAAUUAUACAAUUGUUUCAAAAGUCUUUCAUUGUUUUGUUAAAGACGUCUAGCUAUAUGAAGAAAAAAGCAACACAAAAUUUCUGUAAAAAAAUCUUUCCUCCCCCCCAUAAAUCUAAGGGUGACACAGAAAACUAAUUUAAAAGAGUAUCAAGGACUGAUAUAACAUACAACGCCUAUCCUGAAGAAAUCCCCCUUUAAAGAAAUUAUCAUACCCAUUAUAACUUUUACAGGAAUUAUUUUUCCUCAGAAGCCACAUUAUUUUGCGGAUAGCACGUAAAAAAAAAAAAGAGAAAUACAUUGGAUCUGAUUGUGCACUUCCAUAUCAUGUGUGGUCUUUUAAGAGUGUUUCAUACGUUGCAAUAUCUAAAACAUGUUUACUGCUCACAAUUAAUUGGGUUUAACGCCGUGGUGCUAUGUGUUAGAUCACAAUUAGGUUUAACGCCGUGUUGCUGAGUUAGAUCACAAUUAGGUUUAACGCUGUGUUGCUGAGUUAGAUUACAUUUAGGGAAAGAAUGACUUGUCUAAGUUUAAAUAAUAUUUUGAAAGAAAUCUGAUUCCCUUUAGCAAAUGAUUUGGUAAUGUUACCUUUUGGCUUAAUGCUUAAUUUCUUUCAUCCACAAGACGAGCAGUGACAGCUGUCCAUUGGGAGAGCAGUGCUAUGUCAAAGUGACGCCUCAGACGACCACGCCAGUACCACUAAGAACCAGCCCAGCCACGCUUACGCCUGGGUCCUCCACAUCACCACCAGCUGCUGCUUCUACAACAUCACCAGUGUCUGGGCCGCCGGUCACAGCCACCUCUUCAACACAAAACGGCGCGACGGCACCCACAACACUCGUACCAGGGGCCACCACAGCACCCGUGCCCGGGGACACCACUACAGCUGUACCCGAGGCCACCACAGCACCCGUGCCUGGGGACACCUCUGCUGCAGUGCCUGGGGCCACCACUACGGCUGUACCCGGGGCUACCGCAGCACCCGAUGCAACCACUACAGCAUCAUCAGUGAUAACGCUGCAAGUUUCAGACGCUGCUACGACGGCUGCCGCAGAUACAACAACCGUUUCAAGCCUCACCACCACCACCACAACGACCACCGAUGCAAGCGCUAUAGAAGGAUCUGGAAGCUGAUGAGAUUGUAUAGAGAGGAGGCAGGGUUCGACGUGAUAUGAUGUUAUGAGGCUAUGGCUGUACCAUCUGAUGAGUGUAUAAAAUAUCAUUUCAUGGCAUCCUUCAGCGUCAUCUGAUGAACAAGCUUUAAUUGGAGGGUUCUAAUGCAUUUUAGUUUUUGAUCAUUCCAUAAUUUACUUUUUUUCCUUUUUCGCUUCAUUUCUGAUCAAAACUUUAGACCUACUGAUUGGUACGUUUCAGUUUGUAGCCUUAUAAGAAUCUAAUAAACUUGGAAGAUUUCCCAUCGACAAAGAAGGCGUUUUAGAAGUUUUCAAUAUAUGAAUAAUCACGAUCAUAAAUAUUAAUAAUUUGCUAACAGAUUGUCGAACCCGAAAUAAUGGUCUUAGUUUUUACAAACAAAUAAAGAGGAGGGUUGAAUUUUUUUUAUUUUUUUUAAAGUGUAAUAGUUUUCGUUAAUCAUUGAAAUAACAUGCUAUUUUUUUUUCUUAGACAUUGGAUACUAAUCUCGAUCUUCGGAAACAGUGCUUAAACUUAUAUCGUGCGUAUGUAAACGCCAUACAAAAAUAAAGUGAUUCUUCUCCC